UUGUUCCUCUUUUUCUCUGUUUUUCUUUAUAUGGCUCAAGUUAACUCUUUUGCCGGCGAAUUCAGGAACUCCGGCAACUACAUUCUCUAACGUUUACAGAAUUUUCUGUUUAUUAUAAUUGAAUUAAAAAGUUGUUUGGAGUUUUGGGGUUUGGUUUGUUUAAAAUGGCUGAAGCUGAAGAAAAUAGAGAAAAGAGGUGUUUUUCUAGUAUGCAGAUGGAAGUUUUUUCAAGAGAUCUGUUGCAUAAAUUUAUGAAUGGAAACAACAAUAAAUUUCAUGAAAUUCCUAAUGAGGAAGAUGAAUUGGAGCUGAGUUUGGGGCUUUCCUUGAAUGGAAGAUUUGGGGUAGACCCAGAAAGGGCUAAGAGACUAAAACGCUCUUCUUCAAUUUCAAACUUUGUGUUUUCCGGCGGGGAUGAGAGUAAUGGGCGUUGUUCAUUCUCUGUUGGUCCGAUUGCGAGGACGUGUUCUUUACCUGUUGAGGGUGAGGAGGAGUGCAGAAAAAGGAAGGAGUUGCAAUCUCUGAGGCGUUUGGAGGCUAAAAGAAAGAGAAUGGAGAAAUUACGAGUGGUUAAGGAUAAGGUUGAUUUAGAUGAACGUCCUGAAGAAAAUGGUGGGAGUAAUAAUGGUCCAGUUGGAAAUUCAUUGCCUCUGUCACAAGGGUCUAUGGCUUCUCAGGGAAGUGGUUCUUCAGGAAUUUCUGAUUUUGGGAGUCAACCCAUUCAAGGGCCAGGUGACAACAGUACUGGGGCAAAUACUCCGACUAGCAUCAAGCCUUCAGAGCAAGAACAUGAACAGAAACAGGUUGCCAAACCACCUAAAAUCACAAGCGAAAAACCACCUACCACAUGUAAUGGAAGUGCCAGCAAGGAAGCGAAAGAAAUGUUCAAAAACUACAUGCUCAACAUGCCCUGUGUUUCCACAAUGGGCAAGGGGCCAAAUGGUAAGAAGAUUGAAGGAUUUCUGUACAGAUAUCAGAAGGGAGAGGAAGUAAAAAUAAUGUGUGUUUGUCAUGGUAACUUUCUCUCCCCAGCUGAGUUUGUGAAACAUGCUGGUGGCGGUGAUGUUGCAAAUCCGUUGAAGCAAAUUGUCGUCAAUCCUUCACCUCUGUUGAGAUGAUGCCAGUGGAACUCUAUAAUGACACAGAAAAGGGGCAAAGCUUCAAGAAUUCAGCUUUGCUAUCAUCGUUCAUCUUCUUUUGUAACAUGGACCAAGGUUCUUUUUUUAUUUUCGAGUAGAUAGUAGUUUCUUGCGGGAUAUUGCAUAAUCAAUGGGCAAGUUUAUCCCCUUUCUGUGGGGAAAAAAAAUUUAAGAAUUCCCAUUGGCAUUUAUCUUUCAGUUAUUCGUUAUUUGGAAGUCCGCAUUAAUUUUUCGUACAUGAAGGGACUGUAGAGUGCAGUUGGUUCCAUAUCGGUUUCAACACGAAAUGUGACUUUUGAAGGGGUGGUAUUAUCAGCAAAGUCUAACAAGCUUGACCAGCCUUUGCUCUUAACUGUUGCAGUUUCAUGGCGUUAAAGAGUCGUCGGAUUACUUGAAAAUUUUCUUAGUGCUCUUCUCUCUUCAAUGCGGCCUUUGUUUCUAACGAUAACGUUAGUAAUUCCAUGUAAAAUAUAUUAGUUAACAAUGAUUUUUUGUUCGCUUCAAA